UCCUCUCAAAGGACUACAAAAACCUCACACGCCACAAUGCAAUUGCCACAACAAAUCGACAAAAAUUCCCCAUUCGUCACUCCAUCCUCAAUCAUUGCUUACGCAAAUCGGUAGGGCGGUGGAGAGCUUUUUGGUGCUGGCACCGACCUCAGCAGCUUCUGAAUAAGGCGAUUUCCGUAGCUCGAUUGGAAUGGCGAUGGGGAUUAGGGUUUCUCCGAUUGGAGGAACGGUGUGUUUGGCUGUGCUGUUAUUGUUGGCUGUUUUUGCGGAGGCUGAGUAUGUGAAAUACAAAGAUCCCAAACAGCUCCUAGGAGUCCGAAUCAGAGACUUGAUGAAGAGGAUGACUCUGGAGGAGAAGAUUGGGCAGAUGACUCAGAUUGAGAGGAAACUCGCCACCGCUCAAGUCAUGAACAAAUACUUCAUUGGGAGUGUGUUGAGUGGAGGAGGGAGUGUGCCGGCGGCGAAGGCCUCAGCCGAGGCAUGGGUGAAUAUGGUGAACGACCUUCAAAAGGGCUCGCUUUCUACGCGCCUCGGAAUCCCUAUGAUAUACGGCAUUGAUGCUGUUCAUGGCCACAACAAUGUCUACCAGGCUACUAUUUUUCCGCACAAUGUUGGGCUCGGCGUCACCAGAGAUCCCGACCUUGUGAAGAGGAUUGGAGCUGCCACUGCACUCGAAGUUAGGGCGACCGGGAUUCCUUAUGCCUUCGCUCCAUGCAUUGCCGUCUGCAGGGAUCCGAGAUGGGGUCGCUGCUACGAAAGCUAUAGCGAGGACCAUAAGAUUGUCCAAGCAAUGACUGAGAUUAUUCCUGGCUUGCAGGGCGACGUCCCAGCUAAAUCCCGCAAGGGCGUUCCUUUUGUAGCCGGAAAGACAAAAGUUGCAGGAUGUGCCAAGCAUUUUGUUGGAGAUGGAGGCACGGUGAGGGGAAUUGACGAGAACAAUACCGUGAUCGACUAUAAAGGAUUGAUUAGCAUUCAUAUGCCGGCAUAUCUUGAUUCAGUUAGAAAGGGUGUUGCCACGGUCAUGGUGUCGUACUCGAGCUGGAAUGGUGAGAAGAUGCAUGCUAAUCGCGAUCUUGUUACCGGUUAUCUGAAGAACAAACUUAAGUUCAGGGGUUUCGUCAUUUCGGAUUGGCAAGGCAUUGAUAGGAUCACGAGCCCCCCCCAUUCGAACUACUCUUAUUCAGUUCAAGCCGGGGUUAUGGCAGGAAUCGACAUGAUUAUGGUCCCGGAGAACUUCAACGAGUUCAUUGAUGGCUUGACUGCCCAAGUGAAGAACAAGCUCAUCCCCAUGAGCAGAAUCGACGACGCAGUAUACAGAAUACUUAGAGUCAAAUUCGUCAUGGGCUUAUUCGAGAAUCCCUUGGCAGAUCUCAGCCUCGCAAACCACCUCGGCAGCCAGGAGCACAGAGAAUUGGCGAGGGAAGCCGUGAGGAAAUCGCUCGUCCUUCUCAAGAACGGGAAAGUAGCUAAUCAACCAUUACUUCCACUUCCAAAGAAAGCGCCGAAGAUAUUGGUGGCCGGAAGCCAUGCAGAUAAUUUGGGGUACCAAUGUGGAGGAUGGACGAUAGAGUGGCAAGGCGUUCACGGCAACGACCUUACCGUUGGAACAACAAUCUUGAGUGGCAUCAAGAAGACAGUCGACCCAUCGACACAAGUCGUCUACGCAGAGAAUCCCGAUGCAAACUUUGUCAAGGGCAAUGGAUUCUCCUACGCAAUCGUCGUGGUGGGCGAGGUUCCGUACGCAGAGAUGUACGGGGACAGCACGAAUCUGACCAUAAUCGAGCCCGGACCGAGCACCAUCAAGAAUGUAUGCGGCGCAGUCAAGUGUGUCGUCGUGGUGGUCUCAGGGCGGCCGGUGGUGAUGGAGCCGUAUGUAGCAGACAUGGAUGCGCUCGUGGCAGCAUGGCUGCCGGGAACAGAGGGCCAAGGUGUGAGCGAUGCCCUGUUCGGCGACUACGGAUUUACCGGAAAGCUUGCGAGGACGUGGUUCAGAUCUGUGGAGCAGCUUCCAAUGAACGUCGGCGACCCACAUUACGACCCGCUUUUCGCCUUCGGAUUCGGUCUGACGACUGAGCCAAGAAAGGAGAACUGAGAACACUUCAAAAAUGCAGAUGAAGGUUAGAUUUUUGUGCUCAUUCGUAUGUGUGUGUAGAAAAACUGAGGAUUACGAUUGAGAAUGGCCUCUGAAUUGAUUUCUGUCUAUGAGCAACAUUGGAAAAUUGUAUUCUUCUUCUUGUUGUCGGAAAAUUGACAACGCUGCCGGUUUGGCUCAA